UUUUUUUCUCAGGCCCGUAGAUUGCACCCAUUAGGCCCAUUAGGGUUUUAUACUUUGUAUUAUAUGUGAAAACCCUUCUCUGGAGUUUAGUUCCAGUGUCUCCGUCUCUUCCUCCUCUCUCCGCAUAGCUGCGUUUUCCGAAUCGAAAGGUGACGUUAGUAAGUAACAAUGGUGGAGAAGGCCAAGGGUAGGAAGGAGGAGGUUGUCACUCGAGAGUACACCAUCAACCUCCACAAACGCUUGCAUGGCUGCACAUUUAAGAAGAAGGCUCCUAAAGCAAUUAAGGAGAUAAGGAAGUUUGCUCAGAAAGCGAUGGGGACGAAUGAUGUAAGAGUGGAUGUGAAGCUCAACAAGGCUGUGUGGAGCCAGGGGAUCCGGAGCGUCCCAAGGAGGAUUAGGGUUCGCAUUGCUCGCAAGAGGAACGACGAUGAGGAUGCAAAGGAAGAGCUCUAUUCCCUUGUUACUGUCGUCGAAAUCCCCAAGGAGGAGCUCAAAGGUUUGGAAACCAAGGUUAUUGAUGAUGAAGAUUGAUUAUGUGUUGGUUAUAUAUCUGUUUUUUUUAUAGUUGAUGUGGAUUUGCGAAUAUCUUUUAUUUUGUUGAGACAUUGGAGAUAUGUAGUUUGAUAAUUGUUUGCCUUCCUCUGUUUUGAUUCUUAGAAUGGUUAAAAGGCAUCAAUGCAUGCUUUUGAGUUUAGACACUCUUUUUCCUUCUUUUUUUGUUGCUGUGGAUAAUGAGGAAAAUAAUUUCUUCUUAAAAGAACAGGAUGUAACAAAAUUUGGUAAAGGAGUAGCUUAAGCCUUUUGAUACUA